AUGUCUUCUACCUUUUCCUACACCUGCCGUUUUGGCGUGCCAGGCUCAGAGGAGAGCUCGAUGUCGGGUGUGGACGAGUCGCAAGACAACACCAGUGACGACAGCGAAAACGACAGCAACGACAGCAGCUAUGAGUGGUGGUUCAUGACGCGAGCGAAAAAGGCUCCACCCACUCCGUGGUUUGACUUGGACCUGGAGAAAGAGUGUCCUUCAGGCCCUCCUUUGAGGAGCGCCGAGGAGGCUCGCCGGUGCCCUGAAGCCAUUCUGACGCUCAUGGAAAGGUUUUUGGGUGAAUCACUUCGUGAUGGAAUUCUGGACGAGUAUCGAGGCUGGUGUUUUGAGAAUGCGACCAUGGAAAAUGCCAGUGCAAGAGAUCUUCCAGAUUUGCUUGGCGAAGAAGGGCGGCUCAUGGAUCAACUUGAUAAGCUUAGGCGAGUCGAGCUCCAUCCGGGCUCCGCUGUCCACGUGGAUGCAGUGGCCCUGCUCGACGACGACGACGACCAGCUCGCCACCUGUCAAGUGCCGCAGAUCCAAGACUUUUUCGCGGCCUUUGAGAGAAGUCCACUGAACUACAGCCAGAUCAUUGAGGAGGAGGUGCGCAAGACCUGGGCGGAGUCCAUGGCCUUCGCAUGGAGCCUUUGCAGCCAAUCCCUUUGCGACAGGGUGAACUUCUUCCGUUUGCUGGCGGUCUCCGAAGCUGCUUUCCUCCGUUGGUACCCACGCGUCGGCCAUGGAAAGCCAGUUUUCCCGCCAGGAGAGGAUCAACUGCUCUCCAACGUGCAUGUGGAGUUAGGCUUGGCACAGCGCAUGUCCUGGCGUCCGCGCUUCUUGCAUUGGCACAAUCGCAUCGCCAUUUUCCCCGCCCCAACGGUGUCUUUGGCAUGGCCAGCAGGCGCAGCGGGACGACGCGGGCUCCAUGCACAGGGGCGUCACUUGCAUCCCUCUUUGGAGCCGCAAUGCUUGUUGGAAUGGAACCAGACCUGGGUGCUUUUCCCUGCGAUCCAGACCUCACAGAACAUGUUGCGCUGUAGCCUCACGGAGCGUGAAUUGGACUAUCCGCGACACCUCACGUUCCUCUUUGCCUCUGCAGUAGAUAUCCGCGUCCCGGUGAUCCCUCGCGAGGCGCGGCCACGGUGCGUGAACCGCGGUGAACAGCUGCAGGAGCUGAAUGAAAGCAAUGAGAGUCUCUCAGACUCUGAGAAUCCACCCUUGUGCAUCAAGGAGGAGGAACCUUGCAGUGAGAAACAGCUGGUGGAUGAGAUGGUUGAUGGACUGGGGAUCCAUUACAACAGCAACGUAGAUAUGCUUUCGAGCAUCAAUCCCAGCUUGGUUCACGUGAACGGUGGAGCUGAACUUGCCAUCUAUGGCGACUUCCCUGGAGAAAAUCUCACGUGCGGCUUCGAGGGCGUGACCUACGUAGACGUGGCACGGCGCGUCUCGCCCUUGGAGCUCCGGUGCAUGGCGCCGCGACGCACGGUGGGCUUCGGGCGGGUCUACUUGAUGCAUGAGGAUGCCUUUGGGCAGCUGACCGUGAGGCACGAGGGCAAGCUCACCUUGGAAUACGUGGAGCCACCGGAACUCUUCGAAGUGCAUCCCCAGGAGGUGCUGGACGCUUCGACCACUCUCCGUGUUUGGGGCAGCUCCUUCCGUUCCCUGCCCGAACUACGCUGCGGCUUUGCCAGCCGCCAGAAGCGCCAGAGUUUCCUCACGCAUCGGAUCCCCACUUGGACCUGGAUGGGUCGGGUACGCUGCAGCACCACCUUGGCCGAACGCGCCCUGCGCAGCUUCGUGAUGUUUUCGGCCAAGCCACUGGGUAUCGGCAUGGAUCCCUUUAUGUGCGUCUCCUACAUGAUGGAUGGCACUUGGGUCUAUCACCUCAUCGAUGAUUUUGGCACCGUCGAGGCGGUGCCCUUUGCCCCUCGGGUGGAGGACUCCUUAGUGGCGGAGUUCGAGGAGGGCGAAGCUCGUAGCCUUCAGGGCCACAUGAGGAUCUUUGCGGGCACACACUUGGGCUAUGACAGGGGUGAUUUGCAGUUCUUGAAAGAUGUGGGGAACUUGACGGAAUGGCUGGAAGACCGCGCCAUGAACUUGCCGCCGACCACGCGGCAGGCGACCACGGCUCGCACCUCGACGCAAGCGCCCACGCUGUCGACCACGAGCACGACCCGGACGAUGACCUCCACGACAGUGACCAUCACAACGACCACUGUGAGCACCUCUAGUUCUACUCUUCCUGUCGUUUCAAGCCAACCAUGGUACAAUGAGACCGAGAACGAGAGCUUCGAUGAGGAUUGGAAUUUGUCCUUCCAGAAUAGAAGUCCACAGAAUCAGACGGAGCUCUCCGAUGUAGAGAAUGAGACGGAGGAGACCACCACUUCCACUGAGGAAGACAUCUCUGAUUAUUCCGAUGCGAAUGAGUCCAAUGAAACGGAGCUCUCCGAUGCAAAUGAGUCCAAUGAAACAACCACCAGUACCACAGUGACCACAUCCAGCGUGACCAGUACCAGCACCACUAGCACUAGUUCCAGCUCAACAAGCACUACCUCCAGCACAACAAGCAGUACUAGCACCAUCAGCACUACAAGCACCACGUCCAGCACCUCCACCAGUUCCAGUAGCACAACGUCCAGCAGCUCCACAUCCAGCUCAUCAACCAGCACUACUACCAGCACCAGCUCCACGUCCAGUUCAUUCAGCAGUUCUUCUACGACAUCAAGCACCUCAUCCAGCACUUCUUCUAGCAGCUCCAGUUCUACCACCAGUUCCACUAGCAGUUUCCUCAUGGAGAAUUUCACGGCCAAUGCUUCCGGCAGCGACGCCAACGAGUCGCUGCCGCCCAUCGUGGAGGUUUGGAUCGCCGGUGGCGACUUCUUCGUGACUCGCGAGGUGGGGUGGGACACCAGCUUCGUGUCCACCUUGGCAGAGUUCCACUCGACACAUUUGAUUUUGUGCCCCACUCCCGAUAGCUACUCCUGGAAGCGCUUGGGGGAUGGUGCUGUGAAGCUCCAUGUCUCCUUGAAUGGUCAGGAGUGGUCUGAGCCCUUGGACCUCACCUUCCGCUUCCAACCGACCUUGCCGCCUCCCCUUGCCCCGCCCCCCCGACGAACCAAUCUGUCUGUGACGAUCACCUCAUGGCCGCGCUUGCUGGCAGACUUUCACUUCGACUGCCUCAUUGGACCCCGCCGGGUCCCUGCCAAGCUCAUCGAGGUACUGCCAGACUAUCGUAGCUACACCUUGGGUUGUACUGUGCCUGCUGCGCUGGAUAUUCCAAGGUUGACCGUUGCAGGCUGCACCUGCAAAAAGUUGUGGUUUACACCAACUGGUCAAACUUGCGGCGGCUUCCAGUGUCGCUUGAUCAGUGGAAGCGAUCCUUUUGAUGCGGAGGCUCGCUACCUAGAGACCUUGAACCAGACAGGUUGGUCGCGGCUGCAUGUCCGUGGGAUCUCCCGAGGACACCGAGACCCUUCCUCAGACGCGCUGCGUGUGGCCUAUGCCGCUGGCUUCGUGGAAGGCGCUGUGACGGCGGAGAGGACGUGGCAGCACUGGGAGAACCUCUUCCGGUAUAGCUACCAGAAUGACUCCAACCCGGAGUACGUGAAAGCUAAGACCUUUCUCUUGUCCAACGAUCAGUUUGUCAGAAGAAAGAUCGCAACUUCAAAGGACGAGUACUGGACUCAAAUGGCCCUGAUUUGGGCACAACUGGAUGGUUUGGUCGCUGGGAAUGCUGCUACCUGUGGCAAGCACUGCUUGGACUUGAUGAACUUCCUUUUCCUGCAAGCCGAACAGGACGUGUGGGCCCUUCACGAACGACCCUCCACAUGGACGGCCGCCAGCGCGGCGGAGUACACGCGCACGUCGACGCAUUGCUCGGCGAUUGUCCGACUGGCGCCGAACAAUAGUGACCUCUACAUGGGCCACAACACUUGGACCGGCUACUACUCCAUGUUGCGACUCCUAAAGGAGUACGACUUGCCAGUGGGCGGCGCUGCAGACCGUGUAGUGCAGAGUGGUUACUAUGGCCAGCUCUACAGUGGCGAUGAUUUCUACGCCUUGAGCUCCGGCUUGACCGUGCAGGAGACCACCAACUCGUUGUACAACAAGAGCACUGCCGCUUUGAUCCAACCAGAAUGUGUGUUGACCUGGGCUCGCACGCUCCUUGCGAACCGACAAGCAACGGAUGGAGCUUCUUGGGUGAAGUGGUUUUCGCCCUUGAACUCAGGGACCAUCAACAAUCAAUGGAUGAUUGCAAAGAUGUCUGAGUUCAAAGAGAAGGAAGAUCUUCCAGAUGGAUUUCUAACGGUCUUGGAGCAAAUGCCAGGCACCAUCAUGUGGGAAGAUGUGACUCACAUUCUGCGGGCGCAAGGAUUCUGGGUCUCCUACAACUCACCCUUCUUCCAAAAGAUCCGUGAGGUCUCUGGCGCUGAGGACAUGGAGAAACGCUUUGGAGAUGCUUAUUCCUACACCCUGAACCCUCGCGCGAAGAUCUUUGCCCGCGACGUGGGCCGUGCCACUGACUUUGCAACAGUGCAGCACCUGCUUCGCUACAACGACUGGCAGCACGACCCCUUGUCAGCGCAUGGCUACGAAGGCCCUAAGGAGCCGAACGCGCCGGAGAAUGCCAUCGCGGCACGCUACGACCUGCAUCCCUGGCCUCAGGUGCGGAAACCCUUCGGCAACACCGACGCCAAGCUCUGCCGCGCCGCGGAGUGCCUUCAGCUCCGCUUCAGCGCGGUGAGUGGUCCUACGGCGGACCAGCAAGCGCCCUUCGAGUGGACGGGGCAGUGGCACUCCUCGCCACAUUUGGGGCAUCCGCUUCGUUGGACGCUCGCAGGUCAAGGAGCAGAUUGGGGCUUUUGUGACAGUGAUGAGGAUCCCAUUCUGGCGGGCAGCUUCCCCGUGUGUGUGCGCGUGAUUCCCUCGAAUGCCACCAGCUUCUACGAAUAUGAACCUUGUCGUGUCACCCUCUAUGGACGCUACUUUCCACAGGCGCGUUUGGGUGGCUUGCUUUGCCGUUUCGGUGAAGGUCGUUCAAGCUCUGUGACUCCUGGGAGAUGGCUCAGCCGAGAUGAGAUCACUUGCGCUUCUUGGCUCCGUCGGAAGCAUGGCUUCUCCCAGAUGACAGUGCCGGUGACUAUCUCCAUCAACGGCGGAGCUGAUUGGACGCCCAGCACGGCAUACUUCAACUUCGUCAAGGAGUUGCGAGGUCGCAUUUAUCCCAGCUUCGGAUCGCGGCGCGGCGGCACGCUGUUGGACGUCCAUGUGCCACGGGAGGAGAUCACAAACUUGGAGCUGUCGCAGGUGGUGAGCUGUUGCUUCGGUGGGCCGCCGGCCACCAUCGUGCCAGCGACACGGAUCUCUGAUGAGCUCUACCAAUGUCGAACACCACCUUGGCCACAAAGCCCUGCUCAAGUGAGUAUUGGCGUGGCGCAGGCAGAUGGCCGCUGCCAAAGUCCUCCCUAUGCCAAGUUCGACUACACCGAGUCGUGGAAGAUCAUGCGGGUCUUUCCGGUGGAGUUUGAUGAGAAGCAACAGGCUGAAGGCUUUCGGCUGUUCAUCUCGGGCGAGAACUUCCUCCCGUCCUCCACGGCCAUGUGCCGCCUGGGCGGCCGCAUCCUGGGACCCGCCGAGGUGAUUGGCACGAACUACACCCUCCUUUGCCAUGUCCCUCCCACCGGCUUUCACUUGGUCGCAGCGAAAACGCGGCAGUUUUGAA